AUGGCCCACACAUUUUUGAAACGUUGUGGAUGUAAAGAAUACGAUUUAUUUUUAAAAAAUAAAGGAAAGGUAUGUUGUUAUUUUAAUUUUUAUAAAAAGGAAAGUGUUCAUAACAAUGUAGUAAGUAAUAUAAAUAAUGAGAAUGAUAAGAAUCAUUUUAGUAAAAAUAUGAAUGUCGAUUAUGAUAAUAGUUGUGUUAAUAGUUAUAAUAAUGAGAAAAGAAAAGAUAUAAUUUUACAUAAAUCAUUUAGUUUGUUACAAAAUUGUAAUGUUAAGGAGACGAUAGACAUAUUAAAUAUAUAUAUAAAAUUAAAAAAUGAAAACAUAGAAUUUUUAAAGAAUAUAUGUUUGAAUUUAUUAAUGAAUAAAGAAAAGAUAAGACAUAUGGAAGUUUUGAUUUUGUUAAAAAAAUUUUCUGUUAUAAAAUGUAAAGAUUAUUAUUUAUUUUGUUAUUUUAAAGAAAUAUUAAUUGACAAUAUGCAUGUAUUUAAUUUUGAAGAAUUAAUAGAUAUAUAUUUUUGUUAUACAAAUUUAAAUUAUUUCGAUUAUAAUUUUUAUUUUUUAAUUGAGAAAAGGAUAUUUCAUAAUUUCCAUAAAAUCGAUAUAAAAAGAUUAAUUAUGUUAAUACAAUGUUUUAAUAAGAAGCGAAUAAUAUCUAGAAAUUAUAUGACUAUAUUAUUAUAUAGUAUAUCAAAAAAUAUGAAUAAUAUGAAUAUAUUUGAGUUAUGUGUUCUUUUUUCAUUUUUUAAAAAAUUCCAUAUAAAUAAUACAAUACUUAUAAGUACUUUAAUUCAUCGAUUUAAUUAUCAAGUUACUAUAAAUGAAGCGCCUAAAUAUAUUUCUAUGUUUUAUAAUUUUUUAUCUUAUGUUAAACGAAAAUGUGUUGAAAAUUAUAAAAUGUUCCAAGAAAACAAAGAGUUGUUACAUAUGAUACAGAAUGGGAAUGAAAUAUUUAUUACUAAAAAAAAUUUUGAAUAUGAAAAUGGGGAAAAAAUUUUAAAUAACAAAUUAAAGGAAGAAAAUAAUAAAAUACAUAAUGAUGUAUUUGAUGAUUCUGAUAAAAAUUUGGUAUUAUUUUCUAAGGAAUUAAAAAAAGGAAUAGAAAAUACAUAUAUAGAACAAUGUGAUGAAUUAGAUAAAAUAAGAGAAAAAACAAAUUAUAUUAAAUAUAAUCGUUACAAUAUGAAUAUAUUAUAUAUAAUACAAAAUAGCUUGAAAAACAUGGAAAUAAUAACUAGGAAACAUAUAAAGAAUAUGAAUGUUAUGUCAUUGUGUUUAUUAUCAUGUUCUAUAUCUCAUAUUAAUAAAAAUAAAUAUAUGCUUGAACAGAUUGCCGAAUCCAUUGGUAAGAAUUCAACAAAAUUAUCUCCCGCAUUAGUUAGUUCUUUUUUAUUAUCUUUUAGUAAAUGUGGUCAUAAACAUGGUCCUUUAAUUUAUUAUUCUCUUGACUUUUUUUAUAAAUAUUAUAGAAUUUUUGAUAUGAAUAAUAUUGGAUUGUUUUGUAAGGCCUUACAUCUUUUUUGUAUAAAAGAAAAUGAAUUUAUUGAUAAACUCAAUAAUUAUAUGAUAAAUAUAAAAAAUACAAAUAAUAAUAUUAGCAACAUAAUAUUUGAUAAUAUGUCUGGUGAAAACCAUCACGUAGUAUGUACAAAUAAUUAUUUUAAGAGUGAUGACCAUGGGGAAAAUAAUAUAACAAGUGAUGAUAUAAAUAAUUUAUGUUAUCAUAUAAAGAAAAAAUUAGACAAUGAUAUGAGCAAAUUAUAUUAUGAAGAUAUUAAUGAUUAUUGCCACAAAGAUUUAUUAAAUAAUGAAAAGGAAAAAAACGUCGAUAAGAAGAAAAUAAUAAAUAAUUUGAAUAAAAUAAAAGAUCACAAAUAUGUUAAUUUUAGUUAUAUUGAUUAUGAAAAUAUAAAAAAAAAAAAUUAUUAUAAAAAUAAUUUAUAUAAUAUAAAUAAUAAUAUUGGAUCUAAAUAUAAUAUAUAUAUAAAUAAUAUUGUCUAUAUAUUAGAAUAUUAUGCUUUUUUAUUAGUUAAUAAUAUAAAUAUAUUAAAACUUUUAUGUAAUAUAUUUAUAAAUUCAGAACUAAAUUAUAUAUUAUAUUCAAGAAUAUUUUAUGCUUUUUAUAUUUUACAAUUCAACGAUAAUAUUAUUUAUAAACUUAUACAUAAAUUUAUAUUGCAUCAACCAUUAUAUGAAGUUAUGUAUAAAGAAAAGCAUAUCAUAAAAAUUAUAGAAGCUCUUAAAUAUUAUGAUGAUAACAAAAAUGAAGAUAAAAACAGUGACAUUUAUUUUUACGUUUUACCAAAGAAGACAUUUUCUUUUAUUUUUAAUUUUUCAAAGUAUUUCUUAACAUAUAUUUUUUUGAGAAAAAAUGAAAAUUUUCUCAAAUCAUAUUUGUAUCCUAUCAAAACUCUCCCUUUUUACAAUGAUGAGAGUAUAUAUCUCCACGUGUCUUGUAAUUUAUUUAAUAAAAGAUUAUAA